AGCAAACUGCGCUGCUCGGCCUUAAAACAAUACCUACAACAAUGUCACCAAUGCUCAUACUAGUUCUUCUUCUUCCAUGAGCAAUAUGGCCUCAAGACGACAAAAUGGCUAGCGGGCAUGCAGACGACGAUCGUGUCGUAUGGUCUCGUUACCCGCAACCCUCACAUCCUGAGAAAUCCCAAAGUCUCCCCAGCAAAGAGCGUAUUCUCAUCCUGCAUCCCGGUUACGACAGAACUCUCCUCAUACUGCCUCGUCUAGAUGCUGGCGGUUUUCACCAUGAGACGAUACGAAUCGCCUGUGGUAUUCUCGUCAACAACUCGUGGGACGGCUUCUUCUCCUUGGGCAGAAGAGGCGAAGAUCCGGUUCCAUUGACAGAAACGAUAUUGAAAGAGGGAAAAUACUAUUUCCAGACAUCACGAUCACUGGACGAUCUGAAUUAUGCAAUCACUCCCAACUUUGGACACUGGCGCUUCCCAUAUCAGAAUCUCCCUCCUUCCUGGCACGACAUUUCCUCCGACCUCUCCUCCUCUGAGCAAUCUUCGCAACCAUACCCGUUUGGUAGUGACAGUUGCCGAAUCACACUGUUCGAAGACGGCGUCGAAGAUGCCUACCUGAUCCCCCGCACCGAAAGGCAUUGGUUCAACUCCAAUUUGGGCCUGUAUACCAACACCACCACAAGAGCAGACAAGCUUCAACACCCAGACAACAUGAUCCGGCUACGAAGCGAUAUACACAAAAUUUUUGACGCGAAAGUCUUCACCAUCGUACCCAUUGAGGGACGGUUAGUCGUGUCCUGCUUGAACGCAAUGCCUCGCUCUCAGACUGCACAAAUUUACCAUGGCGUCGAAAUCCACCAAAUCGAAAACCGAGAUCUUCUCGGAGAAUUUCUAUUCGCACGUUUUGCGUACACCAUCUUUGAGCUCCUGCGAGGAUUCUUGGAAGUAAAUGCAGAAGUAAAGCUCCGCCUUUGGAUCGACAACAAGAUUACAGAGGAGAUUUGUGAUUCGGAACGUUCCUCUCAGUUUGCCAGAACCACAGCAAGUCAGGGUAAAAGUUGUAGCGCCAGUCCGCGCAAGCGUCCACGUCCGGGUCCGGCAGGCACCGGAUCGGCCGGGGAUAGUGGCGAUAUGUAUAGUGAUGAUGAAGAUGAUUCGGAAGAGGAGGUUCGAGGUCGUAAACGGAGACGAAGCGCUUCUUCCGAAUCAAAAGACUGGUUCGAGGAGAGGUGGAUGCCGAGCUUUCCUCAUAGCCCUCACAUGGAGGUUACAGUUCAAUAUUGAUAUGGACUGUCGACGGUACACGCAUGGUUGAGGCUUUUGAUUAUGCUACAGGUGUUAUUGAGGGCCGCCGCAGCAGUGUUGGCACUAGCCACAUGACCAAGAUCUCCUGAUAUAGAUCAAGUGGUAUAAAAACUCCUCGUCCAAGCCAACUUGUACCAGCAGUAAUUUCGU